CAGCUUGGAGAGGAUUAACUUCUACUGUAUACACACACACACACACACACAGGAAGUGGACUGCUAAAUAGUCUACUCUAGGAGCAGAAUCUCUUCUGCUCUCCAUAACACACAGGACAACAGAGCAGAGAGCGAUGAGCGUGGCAGUGAGCAGUAACAUUCAAGAGGAAUAUGAGGACGACUUUGAGAAAGAUCUGGACUGGCUGAUCAGCGAAGAAAGCAAGAACGAGGAGCAGGAUGAAGAUGACAUUGAGUCCCAGAUAGACCAUGAGCUGAAGGAGGAGGAACUAGAAAAGGAACAGGAGGAAGAGCAGAGUAAAAGUGCCACAGAUGACGAUGGAGAUAAUGAAAGAUGGCCAAUGCCCAUGGACCCUUUGAAGGAUUUGUUAGAUGUCAGCGCUGACUCUAAACAUGAGCAGGAUGACGAAGAGGUUAAUGAAGAGAAGAAAUCCAUCCAGCAGAAGAUUGAGCAGGCGAACAGGCAGCUGCAGGACGAGGAGGCGCCGGACGAGACGCGUCGCCGCCGUCUGCAAUUUAAAGACACUCUCGUGGACCUGGUGGUCCCUGCUAGCGACCUAGAGGACAGCCCGGGAGACGUUUCGGAACACAUGCUGAAGCUGAAGAUCUCCUCUCAGGAGGAAAGUGAUGGACACAGAGAGGGAGCAAGAGAAGGAAGAGUGCUUGUGGAGAAGGAUGGAAAGUUUGACCUUGUAAGUCUAAAAGAGGUGGAGAGUCUGCUCCCGCCUCUACCUGAGACUCAACGAGAACCUGUUAAGAGUCCGUCCCCCUCCACGAAAUUGUGUUUGUCAUCUACCGCCGAGCCUCGCUAUGCGCCCAGGCCUCCAGAACGACCGCGGGUGCGUCCUAAUUCAGCAAGCAACACGCAAAAGGUUGUGUUUAGAAACGGCAGCAAGCGUAGGGUUCAGUCAGCUAGCGGGGUUUCAUCACAUGCCACCUUUUCCCUCUCGCCACAGCAGAAAGAGCAGCUGAACAAACAACAGCAGAGGAGAGAAAAACUUGCCAGAGAGGAGGAAGAGCGGCGGCGUGAGGAGGAAGAGCAGAAGCGUCAAGAGAACGAGAUGGCGUUCAGGUCGUGGCUGAUGAAGAAGAGGCAGCAGGUGCGAGAGGAGAGGAGAGUGCAGAGAGCUCAGGAGAUUGAGAGGAUGAAUGGAAAGAAGGAGUGCUGCGAUGCUGAUGAGGCGUUUAACCUCUGGUUGCAGAGGAAAAAGCAGCAGCAGCUGAAGGAGCAACAGCUGGAGGAGAUGAAGAGACUCGAGAUGGAGAGCAGCAGCUAUAUGCACCAACCGGAGGAGAGUGCGAAAGCCUUCAGACUGUGGUUAAGGAGAAAGCGGAUGGAAAAGCGGCAGGAGCAACAGGCUGCUCGCGAGCGCUCUCGCAGGCUGCUGAUGGAAGAACGACGUGCUAGACGCAUGAACGAUCUCUGCUACCCUGUCGACGAGAUCCAGUCUCUUCGAUUCAAUCAGCCCUACAGCUACUGCUUUUGACCUUCUCUCAGUUCCAUAAUCACCAUCACUACUGCUUCUAAACUCCUCCCAAUUCUUCAGUCACUAUGACUGACACUUCUAAACUCCUCCCAAUUCCAUUAUCACCACGAGUUACAUUUCAAAACUCCUCCCAGUUCUCUAGCUACAACGGCUCCAGCUGCUAAACUCCUCCCAAUCCCAUUCUCACAAUCUGCUAAACUUUUAUCAAUUCCAUAAUCACCAAUCACAGACCUUGCAGGUCUAUAACUGCUAUUUCCCCUUAGGAAUAAUAAAGAUUUAUUUUAUUUUUAUUUUAUAUUAUGAUCACCAAGGUUGUCCUAACCAAGCUUCCACUGGUUCUGUCUCAAUUUUGCAGCACUAAAUGAAUAAAAAUUUAAUCCUCUGUUAGCAUUUGUGGAUAGCAGUGCUUACUUUUUUUCAGUAUUCCCAGUAUGGUGAUUGUGAUGAUUGUUUCCAUCAUUCAGCUUUACACACAAGAAAAAGUAUUUGCGCCCCUUACUGAUUAUUUAUUUAUUUAUUGCAUAUCUGUCUUACACACUUAA